GAGACGAGAGAGAGAGAUUCAAUUAAUCUCCUUUUUCGUAAAGCAAAGGUUAACAACCAAUCGAUCUUGCAAGCUUGCGGUCUACUGUUUACUCUUCCAUCUACGGGACAGGUAAGAUAACGGACAGCUCUAGCAAGCUCGACUUAAGGUCCUAGGGUUUAUUCAAACGCUUUUCAUAUCUAUUUGAUCUUGGGUAAAGUUGUUGAUUGGCUUCGAUCAGAUGCUAGAUUUUGAAAAGAGGAGUUGCAUUCAUUUGUCAGUUCUCCAUAUCAAAGUCGAGAUGGAACUGGUUUGGCUUCAUCGUUUCGGUAUUUUCAUCACUCUUCUCAUAUAGACAUGCCUCACAUCGCUUGCUUUAGUUGGAAGCAGUUAUAUCUUCUCUUAUUUUUCUGCAUUAAUCAAGAAAUUAAGCUGUUAUUGUUGUUUUAUGCAUCAUUGAUCGGCAAUUCAAGCUGUAGUUACUAUAAUUGAGUUCAUUUCAAGAGCAUUUAACAUUUUGUCGAGCAAGCAAAGAGAGAACCACUUACCAAUUUGUGAAAAAAGAAAAUAAGGAUGAGGAGUGUCUGUUUUCCAAGAUGCAAACUUUCAAGAUUAAUGGGUUGGCUUCAGCUUGUACUAGGGGUACUUGUUAUUAUAGUAAGCUUUGCCAAUCUCUUUAGAUUCUAUUCUACUGGGUUUUUCCUGCAUGAUGAAGACCUUUGCCGCCACUUUUAUAGUUCCAAGAAUGCUUACCUGGGUUUUGAUGCAAAAGCUUUGUCCGAUAGGGUUCAGGAAGUUCUUUCAAAGAUGGCUAGUUUGCAGGACAAGCUCGAGUCCACUGUGCAACAGAUGGAGAAGAGUAAAGACACCUUAGAUAAAACUCACAUUUCGAAAUUGGAGUAUAAGAAGUAUUUAGAAGAUGAAGUAAUCCAGCCCCUCUAUAGUGCUCAUAUAUCUCUUAGACAGAUUCGACUCCCUAAAGUUGAAGGAAUCAGAAACAGUACCAUGAGAGAAGAGCCCUUAAUCAAUUCUUUCAUAGUAGAGGAAAUUCGAAAGUAUAUAACUCCAAAAGAGAACAGACGGGGGAAGAUCAAUAUAUUUGGCUCUGAGAGAGUUUACAACACAAUAGGGCAUGCCUGUGUCUCAAUGAAGAAGGAACUUGAAGAGUACAUGAACUAUGACAUUGGAUCAUUCUGUAAAGAUGAUUGGAACCUAGCCCAGAAGCUCAUGAUUAAUGGUUGUGACCCUUUGCCCAGGAGACGUUGCUUGACAAGGGCCUCCAAGCUCUAUCAGAAGCCCUAUCCAAUCAACGAGUCCCUCUGGAGAUUACCAGAUGGCAGGAAUGUUAGAUGGAGCAAUUACCAGUGCAGGAAUUUCAACUGUUUAUCAAGCAAGAACCCUAAGCGCGGUUAUUCCAAGUGCACAGGAUGUUUCGAGAUGGAGAAGGAGAAGGUUAAAUGGGUUACUACAAAUGGCUCACUUCCAGUUGAUUUUCUAAUAAAUGAUGUUUUGGCAGUUAAACCUGGGGAGAUUAGGAUAGGACUGGACUUUGGUAUUGGUACAGGGACAUUUGCGGCAAGGAUGCGAGAACAAAAUGUAACAGUUAUCUCAACUGCACUGAACCUUGGUGCUCCCUUCUGUGAGAUGAUUGCACUUAGAGGUCUGAUUCCUCUGUAUGUGACAUUGAAUCAGCGGCUCCCAUUCUUCGAUAAUACCAUGGAUUUAAUCCACACAACUGGGUUUUUAGAUGGAUGGAUUGACCUGCAGUUGAUGGAUUUCAUGUUGUUUGAUUGGGAUCGGGUGUUGAGGCCUGGAGGACUGCUGUGGAUAGAUAGGUUCUUUUGCAAUAGAAAGGAUCUGGAUGACUACAUGUACAUGUUUCUGCAGUUCAGGUACAAAAAACACAAGUGGGCUAUUUCUCCCAAGUCAAAGGAGGAGGUUUAUCUUUCUGUAUUAUUGGAGAAACCACCUAGAUCUUUAUGAUUAUGCUUGGUUAUUUAUGUACUAUGGCUCUUGAUAAAUAAAAUGAUUCAGUCAUCAUCAUCAUCCAAGCCUUGUCCCAACCAUAUGGGGCCAACUACAUGAAUCUUAUUUCGCCAUUCAGUUCUGUUCAGUGCCAUAUUCAUUGUUA